CCAAUGAUAAGGAACCUCUCUGAGGUCAGGACUCGGUGGCUCCUCAUUAGCCUUCAUCCUAUUCCUAAUAGAGUUUGGGUUGCCUAUAUAAGCAUCGUUGAAUGAAAAACACAAACCAUCCUACCAAAUCAGAACACAAGAUCAGAAAAGAUGAAGCCCGUGUAACCUUAUUACCCGUAGCUCUCCAUGGCUUUCAUUACGUUACAUAGAAGAUCAAACAAGACCUCGUCACAACACUUGUCAGAACCAUUUCGAAGGACAAUACCAAAGAAGACCUUGUCACAACAAUGUCAAAGAACAAGAAUAAAGGCAUCAAGGAAGAUCUUGCCACAAGAGUGUCGAAGAUGAAGGGUUUGGUGGCUCAGGAUCUGAGCAAACUGGAUCUAACUCAGUUAGAUCCACUCUCGCCGGAAGUUAUAUCUCGUCAGGCCACGAUCAACAUUGGCACAAUAGGUCACGUGGCUCAUGGUAAGUCAACGGUGGUCAAAGCAAUUUCGGGGGUUCAGACAGUUCGUUUCAAACAGGAGCUGGAGCGCAACAUAACUAUAAAAACAGGAUAUGCUAAUGCCAAAAUUUACAAGUGCGGUAGCUGCCCCCGACCCGACUGCUACAAGUCUUAUGGCAGUGGAAAGGAAGACAAUCCUCUCUGUGAACGGUGUGGGAGUCAGAUGAGACUGGAGAGACAUGUGUCCUUUGUAGAUUGCCCCGGUCACGAAGCACUAAUGGCUACUAUGCUUAAUGGUGUGUCCAUUAUGGAUGGAGCGUUACUUGUUGUAGCUGCUGACGAACAGUUUCCCCAAGAACAAACCAAGGAGCAUCUGGAAGCUGUUGAAAUCAUGUCUCUUAAACACAACAUUGUGCUUCAAAACAAAGUUGACCUUGUCCGAGAGAAGGCAAUGGAGCAGCGAGAGGAGAUGAAGGAGUGGUUUCGUGGCACGGUAGCUGAAGAUGCAACAAUUGUGCCUAUUGUUGCUCAGCUGAAGUAUAAUAUCGAUGUAGUGAACGAGUACAUUGUCAAGAACAUCCCCAUUCCGAAAAGGGACUUUGCUUCGCCUCCUUAUAUGAGGAUCAUACGUUCCUUUGAUGUCAACAAACCCGGGUUUGGGAGUGAUGACAUAAAAGGUGCUGUGGCUGGUGGAACCCUUCUUAGGGGUGUUUUGAAACUGAACCAAUUGGUGGAGGUUCGUCCUGGUCUUGUUGUCAAAGACGAGAGGGGGAAAUUCUUGAGGUGCACGCCAUUGUAUUCCAGAAUAGUUUCCUUGUUUGCUGAGGAAAACGAGUUACAGUUUGCUGUGCCAGGAGGUCUGAUUGGGGUUGGCACAACCUUGGAUCCUGCUUUGACUCGCGGCGAUAAAUUGGUGGGUCAAGUUCUUGGUGAUGUUGGCUCACUCCCUGAUGUCUAUGAACAACUUGAGGUGCACUACCACAUGACAAAGGGAUCAGCUGAGAAGAAAGGGCUAUCAAAGUUAAGCAAGAAUGACAUUGUGACGUUAAAUAUUGGAUCCAAGGCUACAGAAGCAAAGGUUAUUGCUGUGAGGGAAAGUAUGGUGAAAUUGCGACUCAUCACAUCUCCAGUUUGCACGAACAUAGGUGACAAAGUGGCGAUCAGUCAAAGAAUCGAGCAGCAUAAGCCCCGGUAUCUUAUCUCUUGGGGCGAGAUUACAGCUGGGAGAACACUCGAUGUGGAACCUUGCCCUUUAGUAGCUGACUCCACAAAUCAAUAAGACAGAAAGAAGAAAACAAGAAAUAGAAAGACAAUUUCAGGUUCAGGUUCUUAAAGAAAAACAAAGCAGUCAUCUUACAAUAUACAAGUCUCAUUUUAGCAUACAUAAGAAAUACAUGAUGAUUCAAAACCCAUCUCCAAAUUCUAAUCCGCUGCAUCCAGCCGCGGCCAUAGCUCCUUACAGAGGAUGAUAACCAAUUAAGAUUUUCGGU